AUGCUCUAUCUGAAACACGAUCGAAUUUGUUUCUCGUAUUCGUACAAUAAUAAUACAAGACGAAUAUCAACAUCAUCAAAAAUACAUUCGUCCUAUAUUGAUGAAUCAAUUGGAAAUUUUUUUAUUUUAAACACAAUUGAAAAACCAGAAAAACAUAUUGAUACAAUGAUAAAUUAUUUAAUUGAAAAUGAAUUAAUACGUCGUAAACUUGUAGAAUUUAUCAAGAAUCUCUAUAAGACAUAUCAACAAAAAGGAGAAGAAGGUCUAAUAAGUUUACGACAAACCUUACCUUCACAAGCAGAUACUUUCAAAUGGGUUAUACCAUCAAUUGUCAAAGAAUCUGAAUCAUUAUUAUUAAAACAAGAAGAAGACGAUGAUGAACAACGAACAAAUAUCAAUAAUGCAUCCGUCAAUAUUCCAGAUGAAGCAAUUGAAAACAUGAAAAAAGAAUCAGAUUGUUUUCCAUUAAAACUUCAACCUAAUAAAGUAGAAGUGGAAGGACCAAAGCCACUUGUCUGUUUUCCAGUCAAACUAGGAACACCAGGAUUGAAUUCACCAUCGAAUAUAGUUUCACUCGAAAGAAAAUCACAACAAGACAAUGUUACAAAAGAAAAAAUUUUCACAUCAUCUCCGUCUGAAAACAAUAUAAUAUCUUCUUCUAAAUCGACAACAAUCACUACAGAUUCUAUGAAGAAGAAUGAAAAUGAUCAAGAUGAAAAGAAAAAUAAGAAUGCUCCACAAUACCUAAAAGUAAACAAUGAUAGUCAAUUUGAACAAAAGAAAAAAAACUGA